AUGGAAGCUUAUACUUUGCUCGAUCAAGCCCACGAAGAUGCGCUUCAUAAGACGCGGCUUCUGAACGUCGAAGAAAAGCCAUUUAAACGAAUUACGAAACGCCUUCUCACUCCCAACUCGCUGGUAGCCGCGCCAUCUACAUUGUUUCCAACUCCGCCACCCGAAAGCACUGAUGAAGAAGCCGCGGCAGCACAGGCCGACGCUCACAAGCAGAAGCAACUUGAGGAAUGGCGCCAGUUUCGCGAAGAUAUAACACUCGACUUUGCUGCUUUUGAGAGUAGCAUUGCCAGAAUUCAAUUCCUACUUGCAAGCAAUGAGAAAGAACGGAAACGUUAUGCAGCCGAGAAGUUGAGAAUUCAGUCAACAGCGCAAGCUGUGAGGGACAAUACGGCUGAGUUGAGGAUACAACUGGAAGAAGCACAGAAGACCCUUGCGUUACGUAAAACAUACGAUGACCUAGCGGAUAAGAUUACUUCGAAUCGAUUGCUACGACCCAGGGAGGACCAAGAGGCUAACCUUCAAAAGCUACAUGCGGAAAUCGCCCAGUUGGAGCAGGAAAGCAGAGAAUAUGCGCAAACGUGGGGUGAACGCAGAGAGCAAUUUGGUAGAAUUAUGGAGGAAGGAAUGAAUCUUCGGCGAUUAAUUAGGGAUGAGAAAGAGGAAGUUGAGAGGAGAGAAGGCAUGGAGGAAGGCGAGGAGGGCGAUGAGGGAGAUGCCGGUUCGAAAGGGAGAGGAAGUGCCGUUGGGACUCCGAAGCCAGAUCAAGAUAGUGUAACCCCUUCGCACGUUGGGAAUGAAGACUCGGGUCCUACCUCAGCACCAUCCCAAAUAGAGAAACACCGUCCUCAUGUCACCGGUGGUGCGACUCCCCUGCGGCAAGCGAUGAGUGCGGCGUCAACUGAUGGGAAAGCCGCUACACAGGAGCCGGAAGAUGAGACUAUGAUAGAUGAAGGGGAAGUUACCGGAGAUGAAUCAGGGCCAGUAGGAACAGUAGACAGCGAGACAAGGCCUGAUUCAAGAGCCACCGCAGAGCCCCAGGACGAGAAAGGUUCUGUUGAAGAUAGGUUUGGAGACAAGAUGGACACUAGCUAG